AUGACCACUGCUCGUCUGCUCCUACGACCCAUCCAACCAUCCGAUCUAGAAGAUUUCCAUGCCCUUCGCACUGAAAUCGAAGUGAUGAAGUGGACCAGAGCGGGGAAAGUCGACAUUGACAAGGAAGCCACACAAGUCUGGAUGACCAAGUUUCUUCCACCCAACAAUGCCACCACUUUCAACUUUGCCAUUGAGGAGAUCGCGAGCCCCGGCAAAGUCAUUGGGGUGGUAGGCUGUCAUACACCGGAGCCUCCCGAGUGUGGUUACAUGUUGCGCACCAACUCCUGGGGUCAGGGGUAUGCCACAGAGGCGCUGCGACGAUGGCUCCAAGCUUGGUGGGAGUUGCCUCGGAAAGAAGUGGUAAUCAAAGAGGUAGAAAAGGGUGACGAUAUCGAUGACACCAUUGUAACGGUACCUGAGGUCUUGAUGGCGGAUCUAGGCGCUGACAAUAUUGCAAGUGCCAAAAUAUUGGCCAAAUGUGGUUUUCACCGGGUUGGUGAAGAGCUGAUUCAACUGAACGGGUCGACCGUCAAUCUAGUCAGUUUCGAACUCCCUCGGCCAGCAUAA